ACCAUACCAGCUGACCCACCGCUCCUGGCCAUCUUGCGUGAGUCUCUCCCGGGGUUUUGUCUCCCGUUGCUUCUUAUUUGUCCAGGUCAAGAAGUUGGGAAGUCCACACGGCUUGGAGGAGUGUAGUAGGUGCUGUAGAACUGUAUUAUGUCCACUGCCGUCAUGUCAUCCGAGUUGAAAUUGGAAACUGCUCCUUUCGAUCCCCGCUUCCCAAAUCAGAAUCAAACCAAGUAUUGCUACCAGAGCUAUAUUGACUAUCACAGAUGCCAGAAAAUUAAGGGUGAAGAAUAUGAACCAUGUAAUUACUUCAAGAAGGUUUACCAAUCUAUGUGCCCUAAUGCCUGGGUGGAGAAGUGGAAUGACCAGUUGGAAGCAGGGACUUUCCCUGGAAAAAUUUGAAAACUUCACUUAUAAUGACUUGUACAUCCACUUAACUUUUGGAGAAAUGUUCAGAUUUCCUUAUGGAUUGCUUCUGUGAAAAUUUAGUAAUGCAGUGUGCUUCAAGGCAUUCCAACACUUUCUGUAUACUGAGGAAUGGGAUUAAGUUAUUAAGAUUCAAUGUGUACUUGCCCUUGUAUAAUUUGAUCAUUGUGGCAAUUUGUUGUAGAUAUAUGUACAUUGAAUUUAUGUAGAUAAUGAAAAAAAUUGAUAUGCUGCAACACCGGUGUAAUCUAACCUACUCAUGUGUAUUGUACAAAUAAAAGUGGUAUUACAAAA